CGAAUUUGGUGGGUUUGGUGGCAAAAGCAUUUCGGACACUUCUCCGAGUUCCCUAGAACCCGAGAAGUUCUUAUGGAAAGAUAUUGAACCUUCCUCACAAAUCGUCUACCAUAGCUGUUAUGACGGUCUCCAAUGCGCUCGGUUGGAAGUCCCAAUGGAUUGGAAUAGAACAGAUGGCGCCGGCAACAAGGUUGCCAUAGCCGUGGUCCGGGUGCCUGCCAAAGUCCAUGUCACGGAUUCUCGGUAUGGAGGGCCUAUCCUAAUAAACCCAGGUGGCCCCGGCGGUUCGGGAGUGGCACGUGUCCUUCGCGCUGGAAAGCAGCUUCAAACUGUCGUGGAUUCUGGAGUAGCACCGGAAGAAGCCUCAUACGAUAGCUCGGAGACAUACUUCGACAUUAUUGGAUUCGACCCUCGGGGCAUCAAUAAUACGACACCCACCAUAUCAUGCUUCCCGAAUUCGUUCUCCAGGCAAAGCUGGAUCACACAAGCAGAUGCUGAGGGAAUGCUCGGAAGCUCCGACGUUUCCUUUAACUGGAACUGGAGACGCGCAAGAGCGCUUGCAGAGGGUUGCUCUAAAGAACUUGCUAAACCGUUAUAUGGGAACGAGCCGCUUGGUGAGCACGUCAAUACGGCUCCGGUCGCCCGCGACAUGGUUGAGAUCAUCGAACGGCACGCGGAGUGGAGGGAGGCCGAAGGCGAAAAGGAGCAGGAUGAACUCGACCGAAACACAGGCUUCGACCCUGAUCAACCAAUUAUCGUCCGGACCAAAUGGAACCAAGGGAUCGAAAAGCUUCAGUACUGGGGCUUCUCCUACGGGACCCUUCUCGGGGCAACCUUUGCCGCUAUGUACCCUGACAAGGUCCACCGCGUCGUUCUAGACGGCGUGGUCGAUGCGGAUUCCUAUUACUACGGAUACUGGGACAGCAACCUUUGGGACUCUGACGAAAUCUAUAUGAAAUUCUUCGAGUACUGCUUCGAAGCUGGCCCGGAUCUGUGUCCCUUCCAUGACCCUCAAGGCUCCGCAGCCAUGCGAAUCACAUAUGAAACGCUGCUAACGAAGAUCUGGAACAAUCCCCUGGCAAUCCCGGGAAACGAAGAACGGGGGCCGGAGAUCAUUACCUGGACAGACGUCAAGAUCAUUACGAAAACGGCGCUCUAUCAGCCCCUGGGAUACUUCUAUAUCUUAGCAGAAUUGCUGGCCGAUUUGACAAGGGGAGAUGGUUCCAAGUUUGCCGCAUUCAAGCAAGGCGAACGGACAUGCAGUGGAUGUCCUCUUCAAGAAUGUCAAGAAGCCGGGCCAUAUUCACGCGAGUGCAUGAUUACAGACUGGGAUGGCGUUGAUGCAUCCUCGGCAGUCCUUUGCACCGAUGGAAUCUUUCUCGGUGAUAUCGACGAGGAAGGUUUCAAAGAGUACUGGCAGACGUUGAAAAAUCAAAGUCAUGCAAUGGGUGAUUACUGGGCUCGUACUCGACUGAGCUGCGUGGGUUGGAACAAUACCGCCAAGUGGAGACAUCCUGGCCCUUUCGCAGGGAAUACCUCUCAUCCAAUUUUAUGGAUCAGCAAUACCCUAGACACUGUCACGCCUAUCAGGAACGGACAAAAAAUGAAAGACCAGUUCCCAGGAUCGGUUCUUCUAGAGCAAAACUGUCAAGGUCACUGCUCUUUCACGGCUCCAUCAAUAUGUACUGCGAAGGCAGUCCGAUCUUACUUCCAGACUGGAGCUCUCCCUCCGCCGAAUACCCUUUGUGAGGCCGACGUGAAACCGUUCUUUAAUGACACACCGCCCUUCCGAACCCUGGAAACGUCAGAUGUCGAACUGCUAGAUGCCCUGAUAGUUGCUUCGAAGAACUUCAUGGAUUGAACUGGAUGCACCCAAAGUCGCAGGAAGAGGGAGUCAGUGUUUCCAGGCGAGUCUACGAUAUCCAUAAUUACAAUGGUUGAUUCCGUUCAUGUUGCUUCUCCUUAGUAUUACAUGCCUACCCACUCUUCAUCAGGCAUGUAGCAUAGGUUGAAUUCCGGGAAUUCAGGGCAACGCUCAUAGCUUUAUUAUCUACCUCCAUCUAGUCCACAGUCCC